AUGGCCCACAAGAUCGUGUUAGCGGCCUUCAGUGACGUGUUCUGUCCCAACGAACCCAGGAAAAUGCCUUCUUUAUGUUUCGACAUUCCCAAUUCAACGCCCGACGCAGUGUACCAGGUAAUCUAGAGGAUAGUGUGUAGGGGUGGGAGAGGGGGUAUGGAGGGGAGGGUAGGGUGGGCGUUGGGGGAGUGGAGGGCGAUAGGGCUCGAGAGAGAGGCCGGGCGAGGUAAACAGUAUGUAUUGGAAAUGUUUAUUCCACGAUGUUGUAUAAGAUAUUGGUAAGUUAGAUGUUAGCCAAAAGCAUCCUUCUUCUUCUUCUUCUUCUUCUAUAUCUUAAUGGCCCACGAUCAAUUCAUUGAUCAUUUUGGCUCCUAUGCAUGUAGAUGGGAUUUGCAAUGUUUCUGUUACUGGUGUUGAUGAGGAAAUCAUGCACUAGGGGUUUGAAGGCUUGAGGCAUCCAGCAGCAAACGAAAAUUAUUACACAAAAAUAAUUAUUAAAAAAAAAAACAUAAUGAAAUAAAGGCAAGAAAAAUUUAAAUGAAAUGAAAACAAUUACUUUUAGAGUGUUUAAUAUUAUUGCGAAUCGUUACAAUUUGAGACUCACUGUUCAAGAAGUGAGUAUUAGUUUUAAUAAUUUUGAUUCUCGAAGGACACAACGCGUGAAAUAACUUUAAACAUGAAGAGAUUUGCAACAUGACUUUAUCAAAUUACAAUGUUUUUUUGUUUCUUUUUUCUGUGUUUUUUUUAAACGCGUGCUUCACUAACUCUUCGUGCAUUUGUCUAGAAUUGUCAACUAAUCUUGUCCCCAUCCCACCGCCAGAUCCUGCUGUACUUGUACACAUCAGAGAUGGAACUGACGGAUGGCAUCCUGGAGGAGGUCCUGAAUGCCGCCACCUUCAUGGGCAUCUGGGAGGUCAUCUGUCUCAUCAAGGAGAUACUCUCUAAGCCCACCUUUGAAAACUUCGUGGUACGGCAGAGUGCGUUUGUGUCGGAGGUUAUGAAUAAUUAAACUAGGGUUCAGCGAGUUUAGUCGGAGCAGAACAGAGUGUCAGUGACAUGGGAUUGUCGGUGACAUGGGAUUGUCAGUGACAUGGGAUUGUCAUUGACAUGGGAUUGUCAGUGACAUGGGAUUGUCAGUGACAUGGGAUUGUUAGUGACAUGGGAUUGUCAGUGACACGGGAUUGUCAGUGACAUGGGAUUGUCAGUGACAUGGGAUUGUUAGUGACAACGUAGUGUAUAAAUAGACAGUAUUACCAUUAUAGGUCCAUACAGGUACAUAGUAAUACAUACUGGAAUAUGAACGUUAGUAUUUGGAGGAGAUUGUACAAGCAUGUUCGAGUAUGUACUACUAUGUUCCAGUAUGUUCCAGAAUGUACCAGUAAGCAUCUAUAUGUUCCAUUUUGUACCAGUUUAAACCAGUUUGUACAAGUAUGUUACAUUACAUACCAGUAUGUACUGGUAUGUACCAGCAUGCACCGGCAUGUACCGGUAUGUACCAGUAUGUACCAGUAUGUACCCUAUUGUUUAAUCAUUUCAGCGCUACCAAGAGAUCAGGGAAAGACAAGGCAUGUCCACAAGUUUGCUGAACUUCCCAGAAAUUGUUCGUGA